AUACUUUGCCUUCAUUUGCCAAAUAAAGGCAUUAACUUCAGAUUUAUGUAAGAAAAAGAGGAAAAGACGAAUGUAUUUCUUCGAAAAUAGGGGUUCAAGCUAUGGUUUCACGCAUUGGUUUACGGCAAGACCAUUUUUGCAUAGAUUAAUCUAAAAAGAUCUUAUUCUGCUUGAUUAAAAUAGACGAAGAAAGGAGUGUUCCACAAACGAAAACUUUAGACACAUGAUAGCUGCAUGUCACAGCAUUUUCACAAUUGUCAUGUGACUCAAAAAUCCAUAAAAUAAAAUACGGUUACUCAAUAGUUUUUCAGGAUAAUGGCCUCAGAGAAAUCCCACCACAGUUAGUUGCUGGGCAACAUGACAAGGGUGAAAAUGUUGUACCUACCAUAACGUCUACACAAGAGAUCUAAGUCGCAAAUAUGGCAUGCUGUUGUAAACCUGGUCGAUCAAACAAAUCUUCAGUGAGCUGUUUAGGCCGCUGCGACUUACCGAAACACAGAUGCUUGGAGAAGGAGGAAGUAAAGCCGGGGCCCAUCCCGAAACACAUGGGAUGGCUCUACACCGCGAGGGACGCGCCUGAACAUCAACUAAGAUGCGGCUGGCGUCCAGGCCACAUAUCCUGCGAGGUCCUCAAAAAGAUAGAGCAGCACAACUGUAUGAAGGCUGGGGAAUGCGCCCCUUGUCCUUCAUCGUGCUCGCGGCCUCCAUGCUCCAAGCCCUGCUGCUCUCCACCGCCGAAGUGCGUGGCCAUCUGCCCUUCCACUACUUCAUGCUGCAAGGCCCCCCCGUGUGGACAACCCCUUAUAAGAGUCAUAAGACAUGGCGGGCAGUACAGCAUCGCAACCAAACCCUCUAACAUCAGCAAUGCACCGUCUGGCCCAUACCCACUGAAGUACGUUCUAAACACCGAUGAAUCUGACAACCUAGCCAACGCAAAAUUCAGCGUGGAAGCCAAAUUCAACGAUUACCACUUCGACUACACCAGCUCGCAAUCAUCCUUUGUGUUGGACUUCUCACCACCAGAACAGAGGUGCUACAAGCCCUGCCCGAAGAAGAGUAUCAUGUGCAUGCUCUGUCAGACUGACACUAACUGGCCUAGUAAACAAGAUAAUAAACAGGAUAAUAAACAAGAUAGCAAGUGAACAUUCUCAUGGUUGUUGUGUCACACAGCAAUCUCAAACUAUUGAUUUCAGUACUGCGAAGAUAGUGAAAUAAAUAUAACCUAAUAU